UAUCAUCAACCAAAAGAGCACAUCAUAUAUUUCCCUAAGUAACUACUAUUGAGUAUUGAUUGAUAGUGGGUUUUGCAAAAUGGCUGCUCUAAAACUAUUGGAAUUAGCUCUGUUGAUGAACCUGUUCUCAAACCCAACUCCGUUGCAGAAACCUCAAACAUUUCCACCAUCAUGCAAUCGCAUUGAAUGUCCAUAUUUUGAUGUGAUUGAACAGGGAAAUGGCUAUGAAAUUCGUCGCUACAAUUCUUCUGUUUGGAUGUCGACUUCCAACAUUCUUGAUAUCUCUCUUGUAGAGGCCACUCGUAGUGGCUUCUUGCAGCUAUUCGAUUAUAUUCAAGGGAAAAACGAGUACAAGAAAAAAAUAGAGAUGACAGCUCCAGUAAUCACCCAAGUGAUCCCAAGUGAUGGACCCUUGUGUGAAUCUUCCUUUGUGGUGAGCUUCUAUGUUCCGAAGGAGAACCAGGCAGACACGCCACCGGCUGAAGGGCUACACGUCCAGAGGUGGGACCCAACUUAUGUUGCCGUCAGACAGUUUGGGGGUUUCGUGUCUGACUAUGAAGUUGGAGAAGAAGCUGCAGCAUUGCAGAGCAGCCUUGCUGGGUCGAAAUGGGCAGCUGCCGUUGACAAAAGCCAUACAGAUGAUUCCAAGACGAGUUAUACUGUUGCUCAGUAUAACUCACCAUUUGAAUUUUUCAAUAGGGUGAAUGAGAUAUGGUUGAGUUUUGACAUGGAGAAUGUUGCUGCUAUGUGAAGAAUAUGAGCACUGUGGCUAAAUAAAAGUGGCUUUCUAUCUGUGAUGAAACUGUCAAAUACUCCUUUUUGAGAAUUACAAGUUAGCCUUCUUAUGUCUUUAUAUGAUGUUAAGCUACUUGUACAACACCAACUCGGUACACGAGAAAAAAAUUCUCAAGAGGCACGAAGUAUUCCACUUCUGGUGGAAAACGGUGUCGUACUUGGAUCUAUGAUGAUGCAUGGUGUCGUACUUGGAUCUAAGAUGAUGCAUGGUAUCUGACAUGAUCAUAGAGAUAUUAAUUGAUACUCUCUCCGUUCUUAUUUAA